CCUUCCCUCUCUUCUUCUCUUCUCUUCUCUUCUCUUCACUUCCCCGACGACUCGAUUUUUUCAAUUAACUCUUGUAUUCCUGUUGGAAACUUUUUAUAGAGGGAGAACACGGGACUCGUAAGUAAUUUAGUAUUUAUUAUUAAAUUUCGUAAUUUUUCUGAGAUUCCAAUCUCCUCUUUUUGUUCGGAUUAGUAUCCUGGGAAGGGAGGAGAGAUGAAGACGUCAAAAUCGGGAAUCGGAUUUUUUUUAAUUCCAAGAUUUUUUUUUUUAAUAUAUUUUGUUCUAACGUCACCCAAACCACCACUAUUUUUAUGUGAGGAAACGGGAGAAAGGUGAGUGGGUGUUGUUGAGGUGACUGGUAUUUCAUAUUUGUUUACGAUAGGCUGGAGUUGGUAGGUGGACCGGCCACCUUCCUUUCUUUACCCCGUUUUUUAACGUGGGUGACCGCAUUGGUUUCCCAGAAGUUGGGUUCUUUCUUGUUCUUUUUGAUGUCUGUUCGUUUUGACCUCGCCUUCUGCCCAUCUCGUGGUUGAAGCAGCCGGUGUUGCAGGAGAGCAGGCGGCGGGAUGGGGAGUUACGCCAAGCUCGCAAGGAGGGCGCUGGAGACUGAUACCCCGGUCAUGGUUCAAAUACAAGAGUUGAUCCGGAAGGCUAAAAAUCCGAUAUCACUGGCACAGGGAGUUGUUUAUUGGCAACCACCUGCGCAGGCUCUAGACAAGGUAAAAGAAAUUGUAUGGGAACCUUCAACUAGUCGUUAUGGUGCUGAUGAAGGUCUUCCUGAGCUAAGGCAUGCGUUAGUUGAGAAGUUGCGUCAGGAGAAUAAAUUGAACAAGUCUUCAGUUAUGGUCACAGCUGGUGCAAAUCAGGCAUUUGUAAACAUUGUGCUUACCCUAUGUGAUCCUGGGGACUCGGUUGUUAUGUUUGCACCAUAUUACUUCAAUGCAUACAUGUCCUUCCAGAUGACGGGCAUCACUAACAUACUGGUUGGUCCUACCAAUCCCAAGACUCUUCUACCAGAAAUAGACUGGUUAGAGAAGACUUUAUCAGGGGAGGGCAACAAACCAAUACCCAAGCUUGUUACCAUUGUAAAUCCAGGAAAUCCAUCUGGGGUUUAUAUUCCAGAGCUGGUACUGAAGAGGAUUUCAGAUCUUUGUGAAAGUGCUGGUGCAUGGCUUGUUGUAGACAAUACCUAUGAGUAUUUUAUGUAUGAUGGAUUGAAGCAUUCAUGUGUAGAGGGUAACCACAUAGUUAACCUCUUCUCCUUUUCUAAGGCAUAUGGAAUGAUGGGCUGGCGUGUGGGAUAUAUAGCAUACCCAACUGAGGUGGGGGGUUUUGGAGCACAACUCCUCAAAGUCCAAGACAAUAUACCGAUCUGUGCUUCCAUUAUAGGGCAGCAUCUGGCUCACCAUUCCUUGGAAGUAGGACCCGAAUGGAUUAGAGAACGGGUGCAGACGCUUGUGAAGAAUAGGGAGUUGCUUGUGAAGGCUUUGGCUCCACUGGGGAAAGAUGCUGUUAAGGGUGGGGAGGGGGCCCUCUACCUCUGGGUGAAGCUUCCAAAUAAAUUUUCUGAUGAUUAUGAGGUUGUCAGGUGGCUGGUGAACAGGCAUGGGGUGGUGGUGAUUCCUGGAAGUGCCAGUGGUGGGCCUGGGAACAUCCGGUUAUCUUUUGGGGGGUUGAAUGAGGCUGACUGUGAGGUUGCUGCUGAGAGACUGAGAAGAGGAUUAGAAGAGUUGGUGAGAGAUGGGAUGGUACAGUAGCAACUGCUAAACUUUCUGAUCAUCGAUACGUUUCAAAUUUAGAUUCACAGCUGGUACUUUUCGGAAUAAUUCAGCUCAUUGGUCUCAAGUUAUUUUGAUCAACUCAAUAUUGGAGGAGAGAAUGGAUAUCGUCCAAAAUCAUAUACAUCAUAGUUUCUCCCGGUUUCAUUAUAUGAGCUUGUAUCAUUUUAUACUUUGCCUAUCAAGCCAGAUGACUUGUUUGAUCUCCCCAAGUAAUAAUAAUGCACCUUAAAAAUAGCAAAAAAAAAAUAUAGUCAGCAUACGUGUUGUUCUUUGCA